AUGAGCAAUGGGGCCGCAUCCGAGAGUGCGGUCUGGAAAGAUCGCGAUCCACCUCCCGCCUUCAAUGGCGAUGUGGACCUCUACAAGCAGUUUGAGAGAGAUCUCAAGCUUUGGCGUCAUGACACCGACGUCCCAGUGAAGAAGCACGGAGUGAAAGUUCUGCGCAUGCUUUCUGGCACGGCAAAAGCCGUAUGCAACGAGCUUAGUGUGGAGCAGAUCACGUCAGAGCAGGGGGUAGAACACAUAGUGGCCAAGUUGAAGGAACACUUCCAGCCUCACCUUGAGCAGACCAUGCCCAAGGCCUUCGAGAAGGCAGUGUACGGGGACCCCAGGCGGGGCAAGGAGAGCAUCGGCGAGUUCAUCCUCCGUCAGGAAACUGCAUUUCGUGAGCUGCAGGAGGAGGGGAUUAAGCCUGCUGAUGAAGUGAAGGGCUACAUCCUGUACAGGCAAAGCAAUUUGUCACAGGUGCAAGAAGAUCAGAUCACCACCUGGACGCAGGGACGAUUUGAGAAGCCUGAGGUCAUCAAGGCCUUGAGAAAGUUGGAGAAAGUGCAAAAAGAUCGUCCGGGAGCCCGCUACCUCACUGCAGAAGAUGAGACCCUCCUCAACGAGUCCAUGGAGGGGGGCAGCGACAGCAGCGGGGACUAUGUCUAUGUGGGUGAAGACCGUAUGGUGUCGGAGAUGCCAUGCAAGGUGGUUGGUGGACCCAGUGAUCAUGAACCAGAUCCAGUCCAAGAGUCCAGUGAUCACAGUCAACGGGAAGACCUUCCAGAUGCAUCCCGGCAAGUGCACCAUGCCAUGGAUGACGCAACCAAACGUCAUGCCAGCCACUCCACCCAGGAGUGCACCAUCGGCACACGACUUCCGAACCCCAACACAGUCUCCGGCAUCCCAGACGUUCUCACCGGCAUUGAGGACUCCAGUCAUGCCAUCGUUGCCAGCCAUGAGCUCGUUGGAGAGUCCACCAAACAGCCUCACGGCCACUCCAGUGAAGCCUCAACCAACGGCAAUGAAGCUCUGAUGAAGAAGGACGAGGAAGAGAAGGCAGAACAGUUCGAGUUUGAGGAAGGAGAAAGAAGAAGCAAUUCAGAAGACGAUGGAGGUGGCUCAGGAGAGACAUCAUGCCCUGAUGCUGGAUCAACACAUCCAGCACGAGAGGGAGAAAGAGAUCAUGCAGAACCAGCUGCUUUGGAUGACGGCUCUGGUGGGAGAAGAACGACUGGAGCAAGCUCUUCAGGAUCCCGCCAUGCAGCAAGAGGCAGCAAUGAGGGCGAUGACAUACCGCCAGAUGCUUCAGCAACAGGCAAGUCAACAGACGAUGGGAGCACAGCCAAGUGGAGCUCAAACGGAGGGAACAAUGGAGUCCAGCGAGAGCUGGACUAUGAUGUGAGCCCGGAGAUUCCAGGGGGAGUUCCACAAGAGAAGAUGCACCAGUGGCUACAGUACAAUGCCCCUCGGGUAUGCUUGCUGGAGAACUCCUCUCAACGAAAUCUGUGGGCGAAGCUUCAACUGGAAGAUGAAGAUGUGGCAGAGCAUGAGAAAAGGGUGCUCCAGGGUUACUGGAGUGAGUCAGAAGAUCACAAGAGUUGGCACUAUUACUCUGGCAUUUUGUCCGAGACAGCCAAUGACCUCAAGGCAAUCGGCCUAUUUGCGAAUGGAACUUGGGAGGAGGAUCACUAUGAGCCUGGUCAGGACCGUGCCCUCUCCAAAGCAUCCAAGAAAGCAGUUGUGAAGAACAUGAAGGCCUUGACCGUGGCAGAGGUCUUUUCACCGCCCAGGGUGGCGGCAAUGGCUGAGGAAUUGGGCCAUCGCUCGGGCGGAUCCUACGAUCUUCAAACUGGGUAUGAUCUGUCCAGUUCUGUGGAUCGCAUGAAGUGCAUGAAAGAGCUGAGGCAGGAGUGCAACGAGUUCGGGCAUGGCUUGGCAGUGAAGGGUCUCCCCAAUAAGAAGCCUACCGACUUCAUGGUCAAUGGCAAACACCUGGCUGGGGCACUAUCUAAAAGAUGUCAAGGACACCAUGAACACCAAGCCCUCAUUGGAGGCAUUGCCAAGUUCGCCCAGAAGUAUCCCAAAGGAUUGUGCAGGGCAAUGAUUCAAGGAGCCAUCAAAGAGGUGGAGGGCCAAUGCACCUACGCCAUGGAGCAGGAGGACGCUCCACCAGGAGAUGAAGUGGAGCAGGCCUUAGAUGACCACUAUGAGCGGCUUGAAGCCGACAAAUCCAGACGAGAAGGAGAGAGUCCAGGCCCAGAGAUAGUCCCAGAGGAGGUGAUCAGUCAAGCAGUGAACUCCAACCGCAGCUGCGAACAGCUGGAACACUCCAUGGAAGAAGCGCUCAAGAGCUGUAUGGUACCAAUCGAAGACAUCUGGGAGCAAGAUGGUCUCCAUACCAAGGUGGAGCAACAGUGGCAGCUGAAGGAGAGGAGGAUGAAGAAACCGCAGGCAGAGAGGAAGACCUGUGGGUGUAUGAUGAGAAGAGGCAGUCGGUGA